AGAUAGUCCAACGAUCACCAGAGAGGCAGAGGAGAGUUGAGCCGCAGCCACAGAGAGCUCAAGACAGACCGAGAUACAAUGACAGAACUCGCUAUUCUCGCCCCAAAGAAAACACACGUUGAUGUGCGGCUGAAGAGGAUGGUUCAUAUACCUACACCGUAUGAAAGCGCAAAGGAAAGCUUAGUAUGAUAGUGAUCAUGAAGAUGAUGUUGCUACCCGGCGAAGUACUUUGCAGUGAGUGAAUCGACCAACUUUGGAUAUUGUUGAAAUGCCAAGUUUUGAUUAUAAUGUAUAACCUUUUUAUAUAAUAAUGUAAAUUGAAGUACCGUUCCAUUA